GACAAUUGUCAGACUUUAUUGGUCUGAUCAGGAAAGGCUUUUGCUUUCAUUUGGUGCCAGCAUAUUUUCCUGACAGUGAUGUGAGAGGUGACCAGAUGUGUUUGUUGACCAUGGAGAUGCCUACGCAGGGAAUCUCUUUCCUUCUUCUUCAGCAGAGUGGUACCAGGAUUUCCACCAUACACAUGUUUCAGUGCCAUGCUCUUUCAGGUAAGGAAACAGUGAAGUGCUGGAAAUGACAUGAAUUUCUGUAGCCAUGUGGUCAAUAUCCCUACCAAAGUGGAAGAAUCAGACUGGAUGUAAGUGACCAAUCACCAAAUCAGUCUUGGAAGUUGGAUGGCCAGAAUGGGCUUCCACUGCAGCUUGUUGCAUGAAAUCAAAGGCAGAAGAGAAAAUCAGAUUUCGUAUUUGAAAAUAUCAAAACUAGCAUUGGCUUUUGCAAUUAUCCACUCAAAACCACCAGGGAAGAGUUCCAAAGAAUACACAGAGUACCUUGCCAGAACUGUAUCUGAACAAGAUUUUGGAUGGAAAUGGAAAGUGGAAGUGCUGGAAGCUGAAGUUCUUCGAUUACGACAGGAACUUCUUUUGAACAGGAUCUCUCCAAGAUUCUGCUUGGAAAAUAGAAAACAGGAUACCUCUGCUGAAACUCUUCUGGGUCAGGAAUCUAUAAACCCUACAAGUUACUCGAGCCAGCUAGAAGACUCUGGAUGUGAUGUCUGUAAUGACUCUGCAUUUGAUUCAGGCAUAGCUUCAGAUUUUCACCAAUCUGAGCAUAAUUGCAACACUUCUAAACAUUGGUUGGAAAGAGUUCCUCCCCUGAAUCUUUGCCAUACUAGCAAGGAGCAAUCUCUGACUGCUCCAGUGCAUUUUUUGCAACGUUUGCUUGAAAUAAGAAAACUGUCAGAAAGAGGAGUUCUUCAAGCAGACUUCUCAGAGCUUGAGAAUGAUUCUUUCACCAUAUGCAAUUCAGUGUCUCAGUUGCUUGAUGGACUGACUUUUUUUUACAACAGCCCUAAAUUCCCAGCUCCAGGUUUCCUUACUGAAGGGGUUUGUGUUUUGCUCAGUUUAAUAACUGAUACAAAAUUAUCAAAUCAUGUUUUGAAGAAGUGUUUCAAGAAGAUUGAAGAAUUUAAGAAAAAUCUAAUUCAAGUUAUUUUAGGAAAUAGGAGUGUCAAUAGGUUUCAGGCACUGCAUUCUGUAUCACAAACGCUGGGUUUGCUAGGAAGGAACAACAUACUAAGAAAUUCUUUAAUACCCCUUCUCCUAUCGGGAGUCCGUCAGUUUGCUGAGCAGUUGUUGCAGGCUCACCAGGUCCAGUCUGUGUAUGACAUUGCCCAGUAUGAAAAUAUUUUUCUUUUGUGCAUGAUUCUGGAACAACUUCUUCAAAAUGAGACAGAAGAAAGUAACAUUUCAAGCUCAGACUAUGGAGGAGAAGAAAAAAUCAAAUUUUUGAAGAAUCUUGAUCAAGUUAUUCUUCAGCUCUCAGAUGAAUUCCCUUUGUUUUCUUUAUAUUUGUGGAGAGUGAGUGUUCUUUUGAACUCAGGUCAAAUGCAAAUUGAUUAAAACAAGCAGCCUACUUUUUAACUAUGCAUUUCUUGUGGGAUUGCAUUGGAAAAUUUUCGAGCUAGACAGUGAUAUUAUCCUUAUUGAAAAACAUUUACUUUAUACUACUAUUCUAUACAGCAGUUGCAGAGAUAAUGCAAUUUAUUUCCAAUUCUGAAUAUAGAAAAAAUGUAAUAAUCCAGGUGCCAUUUUCAAUAAAUGCUAUUUCUUGUAAUAGAAAAGAGUGUUUUGGUGUUUGUCCACCCAGUGAAAAUGGAACAAAGAAAGUUGUUUCAGGUGCUGUUUGAAAUAAACACUAUGAAUUUUAAAGUACAGUCAUAGUAUGUGUGUAGAGCUUCCAAGCUAGGAGACUAAUGCCUCUCCUUUAAGAGUUGUGUAGUUUCUCUGUGACUUCGAGACAGUGUCUGGUUGGUUGAAAUAAAAAUGGUAAUUUUAAACUUGAUAACUUCUCAGUAAAAAAUCUUACAGGACAGACUUUGUUACUGAUAAUCAAAUGAGUCAUUACUUGAGCAAAAUAAAACCUGGUGCUCAGUUUCACAAAUUUCUUAAAUUCAUUGUAUACUGCUUGGCUUUACUUGUGUAUGCACAAGUUUAGGUACAACAGGCCUAAUUCACUCUGAGCUGAGUAAUGAUUUCAGAGAAGUGUAACUCAUUUCAUAGCUAUUUUAAACCUUUCUGUUCAAAAUUAAUGAAUAUUUCUAAAAUCCCUCUUGAUAUAUUUACAUAUUAUCUGAUAUUUAAUGGUUUUUUUCUGUGUGAUGGUUCUAUUUGCAUAGUAAUAAUUAAAAUAACAAUUUUAACAGAAAUUGUCUUAAAACGUAUUUAUAGUGUGAGCUCAACAAUAUUUUAACGGAACCAUAGUCUUUGAUAAAUCUAAUGGAUAACUAUUAUAAUGAAUUGCUCUUUUUUCUGUUAGAUAAACAAGAUUUUAGUUUUAUUAUGUCUCCUAGAAGUGUAUAUUCACUAUAAAUGCAAAACAUUUCGAGCAUUAGUCCUUGUCCUUCCCCUUGAACUUGUCAAUCAAUUUUUAUGUCAGGAAAAUUGUCUGAAACACCAGUAUCUUGUUAAUUUGAAUGCAUUUAUUUUGUAAUAAACCUCUUCUCUUUAUAUAUAUGUAAAAUACAUUGAUAUUUAAAAAGCUUUGAUGGUGAAUUAGCUCCCCAGAGAGUGUUUCUUAGUUGACACUGGCCCCCGUUCUCAUUCUUAAACUUCCUGUUUGAUAUGUCAUAUGGUAACCUUUGUUUAAUGCUUUCUUCUUGCUAACUUUCUUCCAACAGAAAUGCUUGAUUUGCAAAACAAGUAUUUCGUACUAGUCACAUGAGAAAAAUCAGAUAAGUUGAGCCAAAGUAAAGAAAAUAAGUCAGUGUGUAAGUUUGGUAGCCACUCAGGAACUGUGCCAUUUUUGUUGCUGCUUUACUUUGUUUCUUUGUUUGUUUCAUUCUGGUGGAGGAUCAGUUCUUCCUUCUCCCUGCACAGCACUGAAAGCCUGACUGCAAA